GCCUCUUCGUGGUGGAUAGGAUUCGCGUCGCGUGCGUCGCUUACUUCGCCCCUUCGGAAAUGGCCUACUUCGCGUCGCGUACAUGGAGAUGGAUAGGGUUCGCCGCGGCGUUUCCUCUCUUGUGCCUCUGGCCUCCUUUCUAUAAAGUCGCCCCUUCCCUCUGCAGGGCAGCUAGAUCAUAUAGCACAAGAGAUCAGAGAGGUUCCAGAUUUCAAAGAACCUCUGCAAGGCAGCUAGAGCAAGAGCGACCAUCUCCCCUUCCCUCUGCAGCAGUAACGCCGGCCGAUCGAUCAUGGCACCUGCGUCGACGCACGGCGAGCACUUCGCGGAGGUGGUGUUGGUGCGCCAUGGACAGACGGAUUGGAACGUCUCCCGCAUCAUUCAGGGACGGAUCGAUCAGGAGCUGAACGAAACUGGUAGGCAGCAAGCUACCAAGGUUGCCCGUCGUCUGUCGGAAGAAGCCAAGCCAGCUGCCGUCUACUCCUCUGACUUGAAGCGUGCUUCAGAGACUGCGCAAACGAUCGCAGCGCAUUGCUGCGUAUCUGAUUCUGAUCUGGUGAUUGAUCGGGCACUGACGGAAAGGCACGGGGGAUUGUUCCAAGGUUGGACCUUUGACGAUGCCAAGAGAUCUGAAGCUUACAAGGUUUUCGCACGCGGUGGCAGAGACCAAGAAAUACCUGGUGGUGGGGAGAGUCUUGAUCAACUUUCCGAGCGCUUAGUUCCCCGCUUGAACGCAAUCGCCGAGAAGCAUAAGGGUGAGCGGGUGGUCGUCGUCUCCCAUGAGGCAGUCAUAGAGGAAAUCUGCAGGCACGCCGAUCCAACGAUCUCGGUUGGCAGGAAAAUUCCUAACACCUCAAUCAGCGUUGUCCAUAUCUCCGGUUCCGAUGGCCGCUGGAUCCUGGAGAAGUUCGGGGACGCCGGACACCUCAUCGGAGAUGGCUUCCCGCAGAGUACAUUGUAACCGAAAAUAUGCUGCUCAUGUUCAUACAGACUGUUAAAGCAUAGGUGAUGCCUUCAUUCCUUCCUCCAUUGUAGCUCAUUUGUCCGUGAGAACUUCUAUUUUUAGUCAAUCACCCUGUAAUUUGUGAAAUGUAUUUUUUUUGAAAGUUAAUAGAAACACUACCGUAUCAUAUAGUAAAUUCGUUCCUUCAUGGCUACAAUGCUCUCAUUUGUCAGUGAACUUUUAUUUUAUUUUCAGUGAAGUAUUUUUUUUUUGGAAAGUUAGCAGAAGCACUACCAAGGAGAAGAAGCAGCAGUUCCAAUGUGGACCGAGCAACUGAACUAGCCAUUCUUCUUUCUUUCUUUCCUUUUUCUCUAAACGCUCCCACACCUCGCGCCGCGGCCGCCGCUCCUGCCCCGCAUCACCCCGCUCCCGCGGACGCCGGGAUGGAAGGGAAGGCCGCCGAGACGUGCGCUCGCGCCAGGGAGAUGCACAGCACGCUCCCGGAGGCGAGGCACUGCAACCGCCUGCUCAGGCUUCUCGUGGAGCGCCUGCGAUGGGAGGAUGCCCGGAAGCUGUAUGACGAAAUGCUUGCGGAGGAGGGCGGCGCGGAUAACUACAGCACCUGCGCGAUGGUCAGAGGGAUGUGCUUGGAAGGGCGGGUGGAGGAGGGGAUGAAGCUGAUUGAGGCGAGGUGGGGAGCUGAGUGCAUUCCGCACGCCGUGUUCUACAAUGUGCCGGCGCGGGGACAUUGGGAAGGCAUUGCUUUUGUUGGGCGAUAUGGACACGAAAGGAUUUUUGCCAACUGUGGUGACAUAUGGUUCUAUUGUUAACUGGCUCGGGAGGAAAGGUGAUCUGGAGACGAUUGGGAGUUUGCUUGGGGAGAUGAGGGUGAGAGGAUUGCCCCCCAAUGUGCAGAUUUAUAACACUGUGGUUGACGCAUUGCUGCUGUUGGGCGAUAAAAAGGCUUUCUCAUCAGAUGACCGAAACCAAGAAAUUCCUGUAACUAACUUCCAUUCUCCUCCCAAAGCUACCUUGAAUCCUUCUGAAUCAGUGACAGUCAUUUUUCCUUCUGGUUGCUGUAUACUAGUUAUCUAAUCCGUUCAUUUUUUUGGUAGGGUGGUGGGGAGAGUCUUGAUCAACUUUCCAAGCGCCGUGUUUCCUACUUGAACAUGAUAGCUGACAAGCACAAGGGGGAGCGUGUGGUUGUGGUCUCCCAUGGCGCCACCAUAGAGGAAAUCUGCAGGCACGCCAAUCCAAUGACGACAUUGGUUCGCAGAAGAAUCCCCAACACUUCAAUCAGCGAGAUCCAUAUUUCCGGUGAGAACGGCCAUUGGAUCCUUGAGAAGCUCGGGGACGUCGGCCACAUCAAUGAAGAUGGCUUUCUGCAGAGUGCAUUUGGCGGCGAUGGCAAGAAAACAUGCUGCUCUGCUCUUGUUCGUACGGCAAUACAAUCGGCUACCUCGAGUCCUUGAUACGCUUGAACAUGCCUCCAUUCUUCCAUUACUACAAUGCUCUCACUUGUCAGUGCAAUGAUAAUGAACUUGUAUAGAAAUUCCUCUGUGGGUAAACAAUACCACACUGAAAUUUGAAGCAUUGCACUGCUGCUUGUAAAUGCCUGCUCAUAGGCAGUUGUGAAUGUAACCCUGAAGUGUAAAGUGUUUGAUUCUACCCUAAUAAUGCUGGCUUGCUGCUUCUGCAUCGGCAGGGGAACGGCUUUGUA